AUGUCGACUUCCAACUGGGCCUCGACGCCGCCCAUCCCUUCGGACAAGCGGCCGAUCGUCCUCUCGGGUCCCUCGGGUGUGGGCAAGAGCACGCUGCUCAAGAAGCUGUUUGAAGAGUUUCCCAACAGUUUCGGCUUCUCUGUUUCUCACACAACACGAGACCCUCGUCCCGGCGAGGUGCGAGGUCAAUCGUACCACUACGUCACGCGCGAUGAGUUCGAGGCGUUGGUGCAGCAGGGCGCCUUCCUCGAACACGCUCAAUUUGGCGGUAACCGCUACGGUACGACCGCCAAGGCCGUUGCGGAUGUGUCGACCGAGGGCGUCAAGGGAGCCGAUGGCAGCACCGACGCGCGCCGCGCCAUCCUCGACAUCGACGCACAAGGCGUCAAGCUGAUCAAGGCCAACCACCCAUCGCUCAACCCGAUCUACAUCUUCAUCUCGCCGCCCUCCUUCUCGACGCUCAAGCAGAGGUUGACGGGCCGUGGCACGGAAACCGCCGAGUCGGUGCACAAGCGCCUCACAAUGGCCGCCAACGAGAUGGAGUACGCAAGGCAAAUGGGCGCGCACGACUGGAUCAUCGUCAACGACGACCUCGAACGCGCCUACACCCUGCUCAAAAAGGCCAUCAACGAGUCCUUGCAAAAGGGCGACGACGACCAGAUGCCAGCAAAGGACGACGAGGAGCAGCAGUGGCUCAGCCAGCAGUAA